UGUGCAUCUCGUAGCAUUAAGAGACGCAACAUUCAUGCUGAGAGCUCCUAAUCUUUCUCUAACGAAGUUCCGCUCCCGUUCCCUCGCCGUUCUUUCUGCUGUUGACAUGGCCGCCGCUGCGAGACUCGAGCGACCUCACCACCACCACCAGCACGUCGUCGUCAUGCGCCACGGCGACCGCCUCGACAACAUCGACCGGUUGUGGCCGUCCACGACCCCCAGGCCAUGGGACCCUCCAUUGGCCGAGGUCGGCCAGGCCAGGGCGUUCGAGACGGCCAAGGGCCUCCCUGCCCAGCUCGGCUUCCCGAUCCACCGGGUCGUCGUGUCCCCGUUCCGGAGGUGCGUCGACACCGCUCUCGGGCUGAUUGCCGGUCUCUCGGCCCCGGACGAGGACCCCGAUGCAGUGACCGGCGACGGCGGCAGUGGCAUUGACCCGUCAAAGUUCAAGGUAUCUAUAGAGUACGGAUUGGGGGAGUUGUUCAACAACAUAGCAAUCAGACAUCCUCCUCCUUGUCCUGAAGAUCAUGCGGAUUGGGGAUUCAACAUUCCUGAAAUCGAAGCCUUGAUUCCACUAGACGCUUUGGACAAUACAGUAAAGUCAGUGUCCAGUAAGCUGCCCCAAUGGGGAGAGACUGAGCCGAAGGCAAAGGAGAGAUAUCUCCACACCAUUCAUUCUCUUGCCGAUAGAUACCCUUCAGAAAAUUUGCUGCUCAUCAGUCAUGGGGAAGCUGUGAAGGUCACGGUCUCGACACAUCUGGAGGACACCGCGAGAUUCAAUAUCAUGAUAGAUUACUGCGGGUAUGCACAGCUAAGAAGGCAAGUUGUCCGAAAUGGCGAUCUGCUCGAGGCGGGGGAGUUCGAGCUUCUUGGGAACCAUGGCCAAACCGGCAUCAAGUGCUUGCCGAGGUUGCCGAUGUGAUCGACACACUUCACGUCCGAUGCUGCACUAUCUGUCGUAUUACAUAAGAUGGACAGCAAAAAGAGCUUUGGUCUCAUGAUUCCGUUUCACUGUUAAUUCUUUCAUAUAUUAGGGGAAUUCUUUUGCCAAUUAGGCGGGACUAUUUGUGACUGUGUUAUCUUCUUUUGUUCCGACAUUGAAUGUGAUAUGUUCGUUUCUCUAA